AUGAUUCCGAAGACGUGGCAAAAUAUCACUCGCCACAGGUUCCUGGUUCCUCUCCCAGCGUCGGCAAAUGCACGGUUCUCUCGUGUAUAUUCUACUCGGACGUCUUCGCAGCCGCACACUGACUCCCUGCAGAACUGGGAUGCGGAGGAGCCAUUGAGUGGUUACGAUCUCGCAACUAACGGCUACUUGCCUAUUGGGAUCGCGGACACCUUGGGCUUUCGCUACAAAGCUGUACGAAAGAUAGGAUGGGGCGUGUAUUCCACUGUGUGGAUUGCCGAAGAUACACGCGCAACCUGCAGUCAAUCUACGGUAUAUUCCGCCCUGAAGGUCUUGACAAGAAUGGCAACCGAUGCCCAGGACAAACUGUUGGAGCUUGAAUUCAUGCAGCGAAUGCGAGAACAGUCUCCUGCCCACCCCGGCUAUCCCUAUGUCAUCCAUCUCCACGACCACUUCUACCAGAAAGGUCCGCAGGGACGACAUCUGUGUCUGGCCAUGGAGCCGUUGCUCCAAGAUCUCCGCUCGCUCAUGCAGUGCUUCAAGGAGCGUUCGGCGCCGCCUUACUUCGUGCGCCUCGUAGCUCGUCAGAUCGUCCUGGGCUUGCAGUACCUGCACGACGAAUGCAACAUGGUACACACAGACCUUAAGCUAGGGAACAUCAUGAUGGUGCCCCCAGGAGACCCAGCGGCAUUCCUUGCGUUGACUAUCCCCAAACUUCAGGAAGCCGAGACAUCCGUCGUUACUGGACCUGGAGGAACGCCAAUCUCUCGAGUCCCCAGUCGCCCCCUACCCUACCCACUCCCCGACCAUUACGACAUGUACUCCUUCGACACAUGGAGCGGUGUCAAAGUCAAGAUCGGUGACGUUGGUGUUGCUUGCUGGGCAGAUAAGACCUCCAACUACGUCGACGACCUCAUCCAAGCCCCAUCUGUACGGGCGCCUGAAGUGGCAGUUGGAGCGGGAUGGGGCAGACCGGCCGACGUCUGGAGCCUGGGAUGUAUGCUGUACGAACUCUACAUGGGGAAACCGCUCUUCAGGACUGACGUUGACGAUGAGACUGUGCCUACCCUGCAUACCCUCGCAGUCGGCGAGUAUCCACCAGACCUGAUCGAACGUGGCAGGCGCCGCGAUGCGUUCUUUAACCCCGAUAACUCGCUGAAGCGCCCUCCCGGUUGCGCGAUCCCGUAUGAAAACGUCAUCAGAGAACGAGACGCACCCGACGCCGCGUUGUUCGCGGACUUCCUCCGACAUAUAUUCGUGCUCAACCCCGACGGGCGCGCGACCUGUCGGGAGCUGCUAACGCACCCGUGGCUCAACCCGUGAUAGAUACACGAUACCAUUACCCAUACCCCGGACGCCUUCCUCGCUACCACGCCUCUCACCCCUGCACCAUCUCGGCGUAUUCGGACUGCUGGACGCUUGUUUUGCACGGACACACGAUGACCUUCUCCGACCGUUCUCACGCGCUCUCUGCCUAUGUCGUCA